AUGCGUUUAAAAUUUACAUUUCCUCAAACACUUCGUCAUAACGAUCGUGUUGAUUGUGUAGGAUGGAUGUCAGCAGAUGAUCUCUAUUCAGUUGGAGAAGAUCAUGUUAUAUAUAAAUAUAAUAUUAUACAAAAUGAAUUAAUUAAAAUAAGUGAACUUCCACAAGAUCUUUAUCCACUUGAUAUGCAUUGGUUACCAAAAGGAGCAAGUCUUAGUAGUACUGGUCCCGGUGGUUCAACUGCAAAACGAACUAUUGGUUCAGAUCUUUUUGUUUUAGCUACAAGUGAUGGAAAAUUUUGUUUUGUUAAUAAAAAUGGACGUAUUGAAAAAACUGUUGAAGCACAUCGUGGUGCAACUAUUUGUGUUCGUUGGAGUCCAGAUGGAAGUCAAUUUGCAACAGGAGGAGAAGAUGGACAAGUUAGAAUUUGGGCACGUUCCGGAAUGUUACGUUCGAAUCUUGUUCAAGCAGCUUCACCGAUAUUUUGCACAUGUUGGUCAGCAGACAAUGAUGCAAUACUUUAUUGUACGGGCAAAUAUCUUGUUGUAAAACCACUUUCACCUAAUGCAAAACAAAAUUCGUGGAAAGCACAUGAUCAAAUUAUUCUUAAAUGUGAUUGGAAUACAGUUAAUAAUUUAAUCUUAUCUGGUGGAGAAGAUUGUCGAUACAAGGUUUGGGAUACAGUUGGCCGACCAUUGUAUGCUAGUCAAGCAUUUGAAUAUCCAAUUACAAGUCUUGCUUGGGCACCGGAUGGAUCAAAUUUUGCUGUUGGAUCUUAUAAUACAAUACGUUUAUGUGAUAGUGCUGGUUGGUGUCAUUCGGUUGAAAAACCAAAAGAUGGAAGUGUAUUUGGUUUAUCAUGGUCAACGGAUAGUACACAAUUAGCCUGUGGUUGUGGAACUGGUCGAGUUGGAAUAGGACAUAUUAUUGAACGUCGUGUUGAUUGGCGUCAUUUAGAAUUUGUUCUUACAGAUUCUAAAGUUAUAACUGUAAGCAAUUGUGAAACAGAAUUAAAAGAUAAAAUUGAACUUAAAGAUCGUUUGGUUAAAAUGUCUGUUGGUUUUGGAUUUUUGAUUGUUUUAACAAGUAGUCAAGGAUUAAUUUAUAAUUGCAAACAGUUUGGUCAUCCAGCAUUAUUUGAUUUACGCGAUAUGUCAAUGAGUUUAAUUGUUCAAGCAGAAAAAUAUUUUCUUCUUUCGGAUGGAGUUAAUAUUUCUGUUUAUUCAUAUGAAGGUCGACUGGUUUCAACACCAAAAUUAAUGUCAUCAAAACCAGAUUCAGUUAAUGUUAAUACGGUUUCUAUUAGUCCGGAUACAAUAGCGAUUCGAGAUGCAACCGAUACUAAAUCGAUUGCAUUUUUUGAUAUCAAUGGUAAAUCACUUGGUGAUGGAAAACCUGUAUCUCAUGCUUAUGAAAUAGUUCAUUUGGCUCUUGAUCAAACUGGUUCACCCAAUGAACGUAAAUUAGCAUUUGCAGAUAAAUUUCAAGAUUUAUUUCUUAUGCUUGUUCGUUCAACGGGACAAGGUCAACGAUCAAAUAGUCAACGCAUCCGAAAACUUUGCACAAAUAUUGGUAGUUUUCGAUGGAAUGAUAAAAAUGCUAUGUUAGCAGGUUUUACAGAUAAUAAACUUCAUAUAUGGCUCUAUCCAAAUGUUAUAUUUGUUGAUUCAAGUUUAGUUGAUAAGACAAUACAUCGGAUAGAAUCAGGUGAUUUUGGUAAAAAUCCAUCAAUCUCAGAUUUUCUUAGUUGUCAAAUAACAAUACGUAAAUCAACUGGUGCACUUAUUCAAUCUGCCUUACCAAUUUACUAUGAACUGUGCCUUGAUUUAUUAGAAGCAAAUCGUGCCGAAGAAGCAUUACAGUUAUGUCAAUAUAUUGCGGACGAUUCAAUUUAUGCAUUGAUUGCGGUUAUUUCAUUACAUAAUCGUGAUUUUGAUUCAGCAGAAAAUGCAUUUGCACAAUUAUCAAAUACGGAAAUGGUUUUCUGUUUACAAAAUCUUCGUACAAUAGCAUCAAAAGAAGAACGUGAAGCUGAACUUGCCUUAUUAGCUGGUGGAAAUAUACAAGAAGCCGAAAGUCAUUAUUUACAAGGAAAUAAACCACUUCAUGCGAUAAUGUUACAUUUAAAUGAGCAUAAUUGGGAUAGAGCAAUUGAUAUGACUCAACGACAUCCACAAUAUUUAGAAAUUGUUGUUGGUUAUCGACAAAAAUAUCUAAAAGAUUAUGGUGGUGGAAAAAAAGAAACAAAUGCAAAAUAUAUUCAAGCAAUGAAAAAUGUUGAUGUUGAUUGGGAUCAAAUCGAAGCAAAAUUAACAAAAGAAUUAGGUGAAGAUAGUGCUUUAAGAAUAAUUGAAUAA